AUGUACGGUGUGUGCCCGGAGAGCAGCCCGAGACGGUCUGGAGACGGUGCAGCAGCCCGCAGCCCCAGCCAGGGAGUCCCCGCCGCUUUCAAUGGAGGAGAAGCCCGGCCAGCCCCAGCCUCAGCCCCCGCCGCCGCCGCAGUCCCAGCAGCCGCCCCAGCACAGCAGCAGCAGCAACAGCAGCAGCCACAGCCACCACCACCACCCGCACCACCACCACCCCCAGCAGCAGCCCCAGCAGCAGCAGCAGCCGCCCCAGGCAGCCCCGGCGCCGCCGCCGCCGCCGCACCACCACCACCACCACCAUUAUUACUACUACAACCACAACCACCACCACCACCACCAGCAUCACCAGCAGCCGCACCAGUACUUGCAGCAUGGGCCCGACGGCAGCAGCCCCAAGGCCCAGCCCAAGCCGCUGAGACAUGAGCCCAAGCACGCCCUGCAGCCGCACCAGGAAGCGCCCAAGAAGAAAACAGGCUAUGGUGAACUAAAUGGUAAUGCUGGAGAAAGAGAAAUAUUAAAGAGCUUGGGCUCUGAUGAAGCCUCCAACCCUAUUUCGAGGGUACUUAAUGGCAACCAGCAAGCUAUAGACACUAAUUUAAAUCUGAAGCAGACUGUGAAAGCCAGUACCUUUGGGAAAGCAGGAAUUAAAACCAAGAAUUUCAUUCAAAAAAACAGUAUGGACAAAAAGAAUGAGAAAUCUUAUGAAAGUAAGCCCAGAGACAACCAAUCUAUAGACAAAGCCGAUGCAGUAUCUAUUCCAAAUGGUGUUGUAACAAAUAAUUCUGGUUAUAUCACUAAUGGCUACGUAGGCAGAGGGGCCGAUAAUGAUGGCAGUGGCUCUGAGAGUGGCUACACCACCCCUAAGAAACGGAAGGCCCGGCGCAACAGUGCCAAGGGCUGCGAGAGCCUGAAUUUGGUGCAAGAUAAAAUAAUGCAGCCUGAAUCCAACACCCCCAACUUCAAGCAGGGACUUGACAAUUUCAAACCUGAUUAUAGCGAACAAAAGGGAAACCGAGGGGAUGGCUCUAAGCCCAUUUGGAAGUAUGAAGCUGGGUCAGGUGGAGCGGGUCGUGGGAAGCCUGGAGUUGGGGACGUGCAGCGGAAAAACUCUGAUGCGAAGCCUGGCGGAAGCAGCAAGAAGUUUGAUGAUCGACCCAAAAUUAAACAUGCAACAGCCGUUGCUUCCAAAGAGGAUUCGUGGACCCUAUUUAAACCUCCCCCAGUGUUUCCAGUGGACAAUAGCAGUGCUAAAAUCGUUCCUAAAAUAAGUUAUGCAAGCAAAGUUAAAGAAAACCUCAACAAAGCAGCUCAGAGCCCUUCAGUGUCACCCUUGUCAUUGUCAUCCUCGCCGUCUACUGGGGAAGCUCAGGCCCAGACCUCAAGUCGACUGUCCCAAGUUCCCAUGUCUGCCAUGAAGUCGGUUACUUCUGCCAGCUUUUCUAAUGGUCCUGUUUUGGCAGGGACCGAGGGAAGUCUGUAUUCUCCCGGGAAUCAGCCACUGCUUACCACUGCUGCUAGUACUGUAACCCCCACCCCUUCUGGGACAGAAGCGAUCCUCCAGGACAUGAGCAUCACUUCAGCAGCCGUUGAACAAAUGAAGCCUAGCCUUUUUAUCUACCCUUCAAAUAUGCAAACUGUGCUUUUAGGUGCAGCACAGGUCGAUCUGCCCUCUCAGACAGAGCAGCAAAACCUGGGGGAUAUUUUCCAGAAUCAGUGGGGUUUAUCAUUUAUAAAUGAGCCUAGUGCUGGUCCUGAGACUGUUAUUGGGAAGUCAACAGAUCACCAGGUGAUGGAAGUGACAUUUCAAGGGGAAUAUCCUGCCACUUUGGUUUCACAGGGUGCUGAGAUAAUUCCCUCAGGAACUGAACAUCCUGUGUUUCCCAAGGCUUAUGAAUUGGAUAAACGGACUAGUCCUCAAGUUCUGGGUGGCAUUCUAAGGCCUGGGACUGCUAGUGAGGGUGGAGCCUUAACCGUCGAGCCCAGUCUCACAGGUGACCUGCAGAAAGCAGACAUCAGUAGUCAAGGUGCUCUAGUGUUUCUCUCAAAGGACUACGAGCUAGAAAAUCCUCUGGCCUCUCCCACGAACACUUUGUUAGCCUCCACCAAAGAGCAGAGGUACCAGAGAGGCCUAGAAAGGAAAGAGAGCUGGGGUUCUUUUGACCUGAGGGCUGCUAUUGUAUAUCACACUAAAGAAAUGGAAUCUAUUUGGAAUUUGCAGAAGCAAGAUCCCCAAAGGAUAAUCACUUAUGAUGAAGCCAUGGAUAGUCCAGAUCAAUGAAGGCAGCAGGACAGACAGACAGGCUGCCUGUUUGUCACCUUUCUGCAGCAUUAGAGCCGCUCAUGGGGGACACAAGGCUUUGAUGCUCCUUCUAGAUCUUCAGUGCAGCAGAGGAACCAUAAGUAGAAUCACAGGAUAAUAUAUACAAAUAUAUAUAUAGUUAUUUAAAAAAAAAAGAGGCAACUGAAAGUAAUUAGACUUCUUAAGGAAUCAGAAAAUUUAUUUCAAGAGACUACACAUGGUUAUUUAAUCUCCGGUACUGAGUAGAUUUUUUUUUCCUUUUUGUUAGUUUUUGUUUUGUUUUAAAGAGUGAAUGCAAGUGAUUAAUGAAUACAGACUCAAUACACAAGCGUGGUUCCAAAGUUCCUGCUGUCAUCAACUUGGGCAACCAAUGACCCACUGGAGAGGCAAUUCUGUGGCUAGUGAUACGCUAAUCACAGGGAACCCAGAAUGAUUCAACAUUUUUCCCCGAUCCUUCAGUCUUUUUGUUUUACUUUGAACCUUACGAGAAUGCUGGAUAGAAAAGCCUUGAAGUUUGCAGGGUUGCCUUUUCCAGAAAAUGGUUUGCAUGUCUUGCCCGGAGUAAAACAGCCUGUGGGGUGCUGGGGAAAUUGUCAUCUUUGGGGGGUGGGAGGGGGAUGGAAACCCUACAAUUCUGGAAUGUUAGCUGGUGCACAGUUGACUUGGCUUCGGUGACACGUUGGACUUUUACGACUGAAGAAUUCAUAGGAGUGUCAUUUUAAGACAAGUUGCAGAACAAGUGAUCGGUUCAGUCAUUUAACAUACAAAAACACUGUUCCCACAUUUUUAUCAAACUGUAAGUGGGAGCAAAAAUAUACCCUGCUUUUCAACUGUAGGUGCUCCAGACUUGCUCUGUCUAACACUAAAUGUGCUGGGGGUUUUCCUUGUUUUUCAUCAAAAAUCUUAAGAAAAACAUGUUUAUGUUCCUAUCUUGCAAACUCCUUACCCCUUAAUUUUUUUUUCUUAAGUCAUUUUUAAAAAGAAAAGAAAAAGGGAAAAAAAGCCUAUGAGAACUAAGAUGUUUCUAUAUUUGUUUCUAGCCAGUGGGGAAGAAAUAAACCUCACCCCUGGAAGGUGCCCUUUUCUGUUUUCCUGCAAUCUGUGUACUUCUGAGCUAUUUGCUUCUAAUUAUCUCUCUAUUAAAUAUAUUUUAUUAGUAGAGCAAAAUUUUUUAAAGGAAUGGAAUGUGAAAAUCUGGGAAGACCUUUAUGGCAGAGAGAGCAUAAGCCCUGGCUCCCCAUCACAGCCAUCCUGUGCACUGCAGCUUGUGUGUAGCACGCUGAAACGGUUUUUGCUUUUUUUUUU